AUGAGCGGUCCGGAUGCGCUAUUCUCUCUGCGGAACAACUUUCAGCUGGGCGCGUACCAGGCGGCGAUCAACGAGAGCGGCGUGGGAGGGCUGUCGGAGGCGGAGAGCAUCGAGCGCGACACCAUCGUGUACCGCUCCUACAUCGCGCUCGGCAGCUACCAGCUGGUGAUGGACGAGAUCACGGAGUCGUCCGCCACGGCGCUGCAGGCCGUCAAGCUGCUCGCAACCUACCUCGCCGACAAAAGCAACAAGGACGCGGUGGUGGCGGGGCUGGAGGGGUAUCUGUCGGACCCGGUGAUCGGCAAGAACGCGACGCUGCUGCUCGUGGCGGGCACCGUGUACGCGCGCGAGCAGAACUUCGUCGACGCGCUCAAGGUCGCGCACGCCCUCCCCGGCAACCUCGAGCUCAUGGCGUUGAGCGUGCAGGUGUUUCUACUGAUGGACCGUGCGGACCUAGCGGAGAAGCAGGUGAGGGCGAUGCAGCAGGUGGACGAGGACGCCACGCUCACACAGCUCGCCCUCGGCUGGGUCAGCCUCGCCAUGGGCGGGUCGAAGGUGCAGGAGGCGACGUACGUGUUUCAGGAGCUGGCGGACAAGUUCAGCCCGACGGUGGCGCUGCUCAACGGCAGUGCGCUCGCCCAGAUGCACUCCGGUAACUUCGAGGACGCCGAGGCGCUGCUGCUGGACGCCCUCAACAAGGACGCCAAGGACGCCAACACGCUCGCCAACCUCGUCGUCUGCUCGCUGCACCGAGGGAAGCCCGCCACGCGCUACCUCAAGUGA